UUGAGGGCGCAAACACUAAUUAGGCAUGCGCCCUGUUGCCUAUCUAGCUCCAUGCUUUUCAGAGCUCACAUAAAAAUUAAGCUACGGAUACAUCAGAGACGCGAAGAUUUAACAGAGUUUACUCCCCUCCGACUCCGGCACACUAAACGAACUUAUCACUCAGUGAUACAGUGAUACCUACUCACCUCGUCCCAGUUCGAAACCUCCACCCAUCCGUAUUCAUUGGAAUUUUUGGAAGUAUUACACAUCCUCUAAUAAUUCUCUUGCUCGGUGACGCUGACUUCGAGUCUCGAUCAUGGCAGGAACGGCCAAAAGAUGCAUAAGCUGCCUUCGCACGUGGUCGUAUUUGGGUUGGACCUUGACCGGCCUUAUCAUCUUAUCUGUUUUUUCUGCAGUGUCUGCGGAUGAUAACGACUACUACUAUGACAGUGAGGAUGGCCUUGAUUAUUAUGAAAACUACAACAUAGAUCAGCUACUCGCACUAAGAGACCCCCGGUUUUACGAAUUCAACUUCGAUGGGGACUUUCUCAAAAAUCGACUCAAGAAUGUUGCUGUCGUUACUAAUACUUCUCCUAAACGAUUCCGGGACGAAUUAAGACUGCUCGUCGGGUCCGUAGGGGCUGGUUUUUCAUCAUCGCCAUCUCCGGAGAUAGCACGUCUCCAACGGAAAUUCAAUAUUUCAGACUCCUUCCCUGCAGUUGUCAAUCCCAGUGAAGGAAUGCAAUUCCCGGAUACGAUUACUCUUGGUAGAGUAGCGCUCAUGUUCCCUCAAUACUUCAGAUUUGAUUUGGUGAAACUGGUGCGAAAAAAUGAAAUGGGAAAGGUUAACGGUUCAGAUUUCAACAAAAAUUGUCAAUUUUUGUACGAAAAGCUUCCCGGAAUCAUCAAGCAUCCGGAGUUUGCAGGUCUCAUACCCACCUCUAGCGGGAGCCUCGAAAAAACCGCGUGGAAGAAGCUGAUCACGGCGUACUUUACCUGGCAAAUUUGUGACAUCGUCGAAGCUGAAGUGGCGGUGGAUGAAAUUAGGAAAACUGUUGCUAUCGGACUAAGACGAAUGCAAAUAAGCCGAUUACCAGAUGCCUUGAGAGUUCAGUUUUUGCUGAAAACACGCGAACUUUCUGAUUUUAACAAGAUACCCAAGAUAGAUUCAGCUUUCGAUUCAUUUCUACCGUCGUUUGAUGAAAGUGGUGAAAAAAUUGAAUUUGGCGAUUACAAGAUGAUGUAAAAUCCGCAUCGUAAAUAAAGCCACGAUAGGCCGCGACAUCUAUACUGCCACAACCACAACGAUAUAAUUGCAGCCAACGUUACAUCUGGAUCCAUCCUCGAUGAAUAUAGAAACCACUCCAUAGAUCAGCUACUUUCCUUGAGACACCCCUUGUUUUAUGAAUACAACUUUGAUCCGGAACACCUCGAGGAGCGACUCAUCGCAGCUGCUCUUCGUACUAAAACUCCGCCUGAGCAGUACAAAUAUGAGCUCAAAUUAUUGAUCGGGUCCGUCGGAACGAAUCGUCAAGAUUUUCCAAAGCGAGACCUCAUGAAGAAGUACGACGUCCAUUUCUCCUUGCCUAAUAACAUCGAUCCUGAUGACGAUUUACUACCGUUUCCUGACAUGAUCACGUUCGAAAGAUUAGUUCUCAUGUUUCCUCAGUAUUUCAGAUUCGACCUGGUAGAGUUAGAUGUUCAACACUUCAACCCUCAAUGUCAACUGGUGAAUGCAGAGCUUCCUAAAAUCGUUAAAUAUCCCGCAUUUGCAGGUCUCAUUCCCUCUCCUGAUGAAGCAAAGGGCUUCAGAAAAAAUGCAAGAAAUGGGUUGCUUAGAGGGUAUCUUCUGGGGCAAUUUUGCAGCGUCGUCGGGGCUGAAAUAUCUAAGGAGUAUUUCAAAGAUUUGGGAGCUAUCGGUAUGAAACGAAUUGAACUCAGUCGGGUGCCGAAUGACUUGAGAAUUCAAUUUUUGAAGGAAAAGGGUUUAGUCAAUGUCAAUUAUGCAUUCCCUACUGUAUCACAAGAUUAUUUUGACAGUAGGAAUUGUCAUUAUUACACGCCGUCUGCAGUCUGUAGUAUAGUCGAAACUUUGGUACCUGAAUUGUAUAGGUAAUGAUCCAGUUUAACGUUUUUCCAGCUAAGUUUUCGAAUUGGCUCCUGUCUUUCCACUCUAAUUGGCUCCCGUUUGAAAUGAGUGACGCCCCUGACGCGCUAGCGCGCCACGCAUAGGUACGAGGCGCGUAGUACGUGAAUCACAUUCUUUGUGAAAAAUAAAUUUAGAUAAUAUGAAACAUUUUUUUCAUUUUACACACAUUUUAAGAGGGGGAAAUAAAACUCAGGCUCAAUCAUAUAUACCAUUACCCUGAACGGAAUAGUGAGUCAUCAUUACCUUGAGUGGGAAUUAAAGCAGAAAAAUACGGAAAUGGAUGAAGUGGAGACUCAAAGCACCUCUUCCACCAAUACUUUCCCUCACCCUCGAAUCUAAAAAAAAACUGGAAGAGUUCAGAAACAUAUGUUUAAAUAAUAUCGCAUUUGAUUUAAGUACAUUUUUUUACUGAUUAAAUUAAUUGGCUCUCAAAAUUGA